CUCGAAUGGUUGUAUGGUACGAUAAAUAUACACAGACCUGGCCGCAACUGCUAAAAGAGCUCUGCAAAAACCAUCACCACGACGGGCGAUUCUCAGCAAAAGGAGAACGCUGCCUGCUGCUUCCACCGUUAAGGGCAUAGAACUGAGAACUGCCACCCCUUGGACACCCGUAUAGUAACCUUCUAACUGUUACACAAGCUAACUCUGCUAUACUUAUACCGGGUUUCACCAUUUGAAACACCGGUUCUGAAACCCAGGGAAACAAACCGCAAGUAUCUGCCACGAUGUCUAACCCAUUUCAGUUCGGGACCCCGUCAACAUCGGCAGGUUCCAAUACUCCUCCUGUAUUUGGUACGGCUGGCGCAUCACCAUUUUCCCAACCCGCGUCCGGAAAGCCUUCUGGUGGUCUCUUCGGAAAUAUCGGCGCGACACCGACAACAACGACAGGUUCCUCCUCUUCAUCUUUGUUUACGACAACCCCAGCAACAGGGCAGACGGCUUCUUUGUUUGGUGGUCAAGGCUCAAAACCUACGUUUGGCGGCACCCCUUCCAGCAACCCGUUUGGGAAUCCUUCAAACCCAGGACAAGCCUCGGCGACGAACCUAUUUGGAAGUGCAAGCCAGACUCCUAAAUCAACAGAACCUGCAUCAUCCGGCCAAACUCAGACUGUGUUAUUUGGAGAAGCAGGCAAAACGGCUCCAGGAACGGGUGGUUUGUUUGGGAAUGCUACUCCAGCACCGUCGAACGGAGCAUCAUUAUUUGGCAACAUGUCAACUACACCUGCCGGACCCCCUCCUCAGACCUCAGCUGGGCAGGGCCUUUUCACAAGCCAAGCAUCGACAAAACCUGGGGAGUCAGCAUCUCUUUUCGGACAAAAGCCAGCUUCCUCUACUUCUUUCGGGAGUCUAGGCGUAACCACAAACGCCCUAUCGUCAGCAGCCGCGCCUACAACAACCGCAGCAGCGCCAAGUUUAUUCAAAGGCGCUUCCCAAUCGCAAACGCCAAGUACGGGUAACUUAUUCGCUUCUCCGGCCGCUAAAGGUCAGGCCGUGGAGACAGGGAAACCACAGGCAAAACCGACCCCGCCCCUAUUCGGUGCACCCGCGAUAUCAACCACUCCCCAGGCAUCUGGUUCGCUAUUCAAUACUCCUGGGACUUCGGGAGCUCAAUCACAACAAAAGCCAUUUAGCUUUCCUUCCUCCAAACCCACUUCGGGUGCUUUUACACCAGCCACAAUGUCAGAAACUGCCCAGAAGCCUCUUUUUGGAGCAACGGCGGUUACUACUACUCCAUCGACUACAAGCACAACGACAGCAGCACCUGCUGCUGGGCUAUUUGCUGGCCUAAUUACCCCGAAAACCAAUACUCCCAAAGAUUCAACUACCCCGGCUACUACUUCAAGCCAGCCAGCAGGUGGAAUGUUCAGCCUUGGUAAGCCGACGACCACGACAGCUCCAGUGAGAUCUCAAGCAACGACCUCUGCUGCUGGAGCAACAACUACUGCUGCACCUACAACAGGCGCCACCACUGCCACUACUAGUGCUGGUGGAACAACAUCAACUCCAGCCACCGCUAGUGGCCUUGGGGCGUCGACCGUAGGCCCAGCUCCUCCAGCACAAUCGCGGCUCAAAAAUAAAACCAUGGAUGAGAUCAUCACCCGCUGGGCGACUGAUUUAACAAAAUAUCAAAAGGAAUUCCAAGAACAAGCUGAGCAGGUUGCCGAUUGGGAUCGGAUGCUUGUGGAAAAUGGAACAAAGGUGCAGAAACUGUACGGUAAUACAGUCGAUGCGGAAAGAGCUACACAGGAAGUUGAACGCCAAUUAGCAUCUGUAGAGGGACAACAAGAUGAAUUGAGCUCGUGGCUCGAUAGAUAUGAACAAGAGGUUGAGGCUUUGUUGUCGAAGCAGGUUGGGAUCACGGAUUCAUUGCAAGGACCUGACCAAGAGCGUGAACGAACAUACAAACUCGCGGAACGUCUCUCCGAACGACUCAAUGAAAUGGGCCAGGACUUGACAAGCAUGAUCGAGGAGGUCAAUUCCGCCUCCUCCACUUUGAGCAAGACCUCCAAAUCCGAUGAACCUAUCUCUCAAAUCGUCCGUAUCCUCAAUUCGCACCUUUCCCAACUUCAACUCAUCGAUCAAGGCACGGCCAAUUUACAUGCAAAGAUCGCUGCUGCGCAAAAGCUAGGUGGCUCUCUUAGUGCCCAUCAACAUCAAGGCACAUAUAGCCAGCUUCGGAAUGGAAUUGGAAAUGGGAUGGGUGGCGGAGGUGCCGCAGAUGACUUUUACAGAGCUUACAUGGGCCGUCGGUAAAGGAAGAACUGAUGUAAGAGUUGAAAGGGGAGGCUUAGUCAACAAAAAAUUUCCCUCUGGAUAUCAACUUGUGGUAGGAAACUUUUCGGUAUACCCGACGCCUUGGGAUCUUUUUUCCUCUUGUGUUAUUUUUACUAUUCUAUCAUCCAUCACCCAUGUUUCUUUAGGCAAUCAAAUUUUGUACACUGUCGUAUCCCAUACUACCCGUUAUUUUAAAUACCUUUUCCACUGCUCAUUGUGAGCAAAAGUUUUUGUAAUACAUUAGGACCGCUUGUCGCUAGUUUUACUUUAAUCCUGCCGAUAAAAAAUAAGGUCAGACCGAGUGACCGACUAUAUUUUCAUCUUAAAACUUGACAAUCAAAUCAAGCUUCCAGAACAGCUCUAUCUGGGCCUGGAUUUCACCCUUCUCACCGAAGUUUCAUGACAACGAAGUAAUAAUGAGUAUAUGUACUGUUUACUCAAGAAAACCAUAGCCCAGGCCUCCAAGUUUGCGAUCCGGCAUAUGGACAUAUCCCGAGGCCAGUGGGUACUGUACCUACCUACACUAUACACUCCAACGUUCCAAUUUGAAACUGAGCGCAAAUCACCCAUUUCAAAAGAAAAACAUGUGUUUUGCUUGAAUUGAUUUCGACGACCCUACAAGGAGGAACAGGGGAAGAAAUGGAAAGGAAAAAGAAUCCAAGGAAAUACCAAGAAAUCCAACAGGGACAAGAGGAAAUGGAGAAAACGAAUGAACCGCACACAGGAGAAAAACGAUUUAUAUAUGUAUAUAUACAAAGAUAUAUUCCAAACUAUCUUCUUCACCAGUUGACUGUUUGACGGGUCAAGCAAGUAUGUAUGUAUGUAAGAGUGUUAAGGAGAGGGGAGAUGAUGCUUAGAAUGGGAGCAAAACGAAAAAUCCCAUCAGAGAAUUAAAAGAAAAGCAACACAAAAAAGACAACCUAGUGUUUCAGUGUCAAUUUCUUUCUGUUGUUUGAGCUUCUCUUUUUUCCCCCCAUACUUUCAUAGUUCAUAUUCUGCCCCUAAAUUCCCUUUGAUCCUUUAUACAAAUGUUGCCUUGCACAGAUACGGUGCACUGGGGAGAAAAGGAAGGGGAAGGAGAAUCAAAAAGCUAUCCGGAAGCGGUUUUUAUUUUUAGUUUCCUGUUUAGUUCUGCUCACCACCGUGUUCCUUGGUGAGUUGCUCGCUGUAAUGGAAUUUCACACUCGUCAGAGAGAUACAUAUAAAAUAGCUUGUUAUAGUUCUUUGCAAAUGCAAAAAGAGCAGUGACUUGAG